UGUAUUUAAUGGAGUUUAAUUGAGGUUAGGUGAAAGAGGUAAAGUUUGAGGUUAGGAAUGUGAAAUCAAUUACAUAGUCUUCCAAAAAUGUAUCAUUUUUUCGCCAGAAUUUUAUUUGUAGUAGGAGUAAUUUUAGGAAUGUUUUUGGCUACGAUAACUGUGAUAUUAACGAACAAAUAUCAAACUCCGUCCAAAAUUUCGGAAUUAACUAAAUUUCCCAACAAUUUCAAUUAUAAUAAGUGGUUGUUAAAUAAUGGUAUGCAAACAGAAAAGGUUCAAAUGGAUGCAAUACGUUAUAAAAAUCAUAAUUAUUUAUUAGAAAGUGAAUUUUUAUAUGAUAAAGUUAAAGUGCUCUGUAUUAUAUUAGUUAGAAAUAUGAGAAAUGCUGAAGCUGCAAAAGCUACAUGGGCUCAAAGUUGUAACGAUGUGAAAUUAAUUAAUUUAAAAGUAGAUAAAAAGAAAAUCUUAAUUUCGAUGAAGAAAAAUAAACAAAGUUCUACAUGGAGAUUGCUUUGUAACAAUUUAUUGAACGUUUCGAAUACUUUUGAUUGGAUUUUUGUUGUAAAUGAUAAUACAUUUGGGAUUGUGGAAAAUUUAAGAUUGUUGGUUGCUCCGUUAGAUAAAUUAAAAGGUUACUAUUUGGGUCAUGCUGUUAAUUUUUGGGGUUUAAAUUAUAAUAUUGGAUUGGCUGGUUAUGCUAUUAAUAAUGCAACAUUGAAUGCCUUAAAAAAUAAGUUGUUAAAGAAUAAUGAUUCUUGUACAACAGAAAUAACUUUUAUGAACAAAGAAGAUUUUUACUUAGGUAAAAUCUUAUCUUCAUUAAACAUAUUUCCCGAGGAUACAAGAGACUCAUUAGGAUUAACUACAUUCCAUUCAUAUAAUUUGCAACAAGAAUUUUUUGUGGAUUUGAAUUAUUAUAAAACAAGUAUUUAUCCAGUAGAAUGUUGCAGUUCUGAGUCAAUAACAUUCCAAGCAAUAGAGGCAGAUAAAAUGUAUAUGUAUCACUAUUUAAUAUAUCGCUUGCAAGUAUUUACGGCCGGUCAUUUAGGAAACAAAACACCAUCAACUAACGUUCCAAAAGAUAAGGUAUGGAAAACGUUUUUAAAAGAACGUGGAAUCCCAGCUGAUAAUGUAUCAGCGCAACAGUAUUAUAAAAUUUGGGAGGAUAUUGUUCAUGAUCCAUCGGAAUUUGUAAAAGAAAUGCGUCAAUUAAAGUACGACUACAAGUAAAUUGUGAUCUGCGGUUGUUAUUUUUUAUCUUUACGUUUAGACCAAUUAUUUUUACAGAUUAUUUUGUUAUAAUAAAAGAUUUGAGCACAAAA